CAUCGCUAACCCAGGAUGACUCCCCAGUCUGUCACGGGAAGCUUCUCCAGAGUGAUCCACGGCCUGACAACCAGGCACCUGACGGAGCGGACCGUUCGGAGGAGCAAACGGAUGAUUCUCGACACCCUGGGCGUUGGGCUGUUGGGCACUGGCACGGAGGUCUUCCACAAGGUCACCCAAUACAGCAAAAUCUUCAGUUCCAACGCAGCCAGUACCGUCUGGGGCCAUUCAGAUUUCAGACUCCCGCCGGCGUACGCUGCUUUUGUGAACGGAGUGGCAGUCCACUCGAUGGAUUUUGAUGACACCUGGCAUCCCGCCACUCACCCGUCGGGAGCCGUGCUGCCGGUCCUCAUCGCCUUGUCCGAAGCCCUGCCGCAAAAGCCGAAGAUAUCGGGCCUUGACCUGCUUUUGGCUUUCAACGUUGGGAUCGAAGUGCAAGGCCGACUGAUGCGCUUUUCCACUGAGGCCAGCGACAUCCCGAAGAGAUUCCACCCGCCGGCGGUCGUUGGCACUCUGGGCAGCGCCGCUGCCGCAGCCAAGCUCCUGGGGCUGAGCCCGGCCGAGUGCCAAGAGGCCCUGGCCAUCGCCGCCUCCUACGCGGGAGCGCCCAUGGCCAACGCCGCCACCCAGACCAAGCCCCUCCACGUGGGCAACGCGGCCCGGCACGGGCUGGAGGCCGCCUGCCUGGCGUUCCUCGGCCUCCGGGGCAACCGCCGCAUCCUGGACCUGCCCACCGGUUUCGGGGCCUUCUACUCCGACUACGUCCCCGAGGCCCUGCCGGCUUUGGAGUCCUACCCCUGGCUGCUGGACCGGCAGGACGUGGCCACCAAGCGCUUCCCCGCCCACCUGGGCACGCACUGGGUGGCCGACGCCGCCUCGGCCGUCAGGGAGAGCAUGGCGGCCGGGAAGGGCUCGCCGCCCGGCCCGGAGCAAAUCGAGAGGAUCGUCCUGCGGGUCCCGGACGUCCGCUACGUCGACCGGCCCUUCCCGGAGUCCGAGCACGAGGCCCGCCACUCCUUCCAGUUCGUGGCCUGCGCGGCCCUGCUGGACGGCGGCCUCUCGGUCGGCUCCUUCCACGAGGGCCGGCGGGGCAGGCCGCGGCUGAGGGAGCUUCUGGGGAGAGUCCGGCUGGAGAGCCCCCCGGAAAACCGGCCCAACUUCGACACCCUCUACUGCGAAGUCAGCGUGACCCUCCGGGGCGGGGAGACCUUCACCCGACGCUGCGACACCUUCUACGGACACUGGCGGAAGCCCCUGAGCCCCGGGGACCUGGAGGACAAAUUCAGGGCCAACGCUUCCGCGGCGCUCGGCCCGGAGGCGGCAGAGACCGUCAUCAAGGCGGUGAACGAGCUGGAGGCCCUGGACGACUGCUCCUUGCUAACGGCGUUUUUGAAGGGGACCUUGUCCCCCAAGGAAGACUCCGAAAUGUGCUCCGCCUAG